UGUGUGUGUGUGUGUGUGUGUGAGCGGGGCGGAGGGAAAUCCCGAGUGACGCCGCCAGGAGCGGCCCCGCCCCCGCCAUCCGCUUUAUAACGGGCGGAGCAGACGGGCUGGGCAGCGACAGACGCGGGGAGACGGCGCCGCCACGAUGCCGCAGUCCCAGAGCAGGGCUGGGCCGGCCCCGUGCAGCAGCAAGGUGUGCAGGAACCUCUUUGGCCCCGUGGACCACGAGCAGCUCCAGCAGGACUUUGAGGACAAGAUAAGGCAACAGCUGGAAGAAGCUCAGCAGCGCUGGAACUUCAACUUUGAGACAGAGACUCCCUUGGAAGGGCCCUUCAAGUGGGAGAGGAUCCUGGAGGCUGAGCAGCCGCCCCGGGAGGUUCACAGCCUGGUCAGGGCUGUCAUCAGCAGUGACAGCAGGAGCUCCUUGGCCCACAGGGUCCCCCCCAGGGACCGUGCUGGCAGGAUUUGCCCCGAGGAGUCUGAGCAGAGCUCCAGGGUUCACAAGGCUGGCUCCCUGCAGGGCUUGAAGCGUGGGCAGACCACGAUCAAAGAUUUCUACAGUGCCAAGAGGAGGAUCGUCCCUGCCCGGCCCCGGCCGUGACUCGCUGGGGCAGCGAGCGUGGCUCCCCCCCUGCUCUGCUCAUCUGUACAAAGCAAUGUAGAGUCUCUAGUUCCCUAUUUAUGAGUAGCUCUGGGGUCCUGAGGGACCUUCACUGUGUGCAAUGUAGAGGAGGAGCCCCACGGUGGGGCUGGAGGAGAACUGAGAUGGGCCUGGUGGGAUUAAGGCGCUGCCCUGCCUGCAGAGUGUCCUCUGCCCUGUGGCUCCAAACACCGUCCUUGUGCCAUCCUGCUGUCCAGCUGGGGUCUGUCCCCUGCCUAGGGACUGGCCCUGGGGGUCACUGUGUGCCAACCACCUGGUGGCACCAGAUAUCUUUAAGGAAAGUCGCUGGUGUGGAUUGGAGAGCCCUGGGACAGCCUGGCCCUGUCCCAGCAGGAUGGACCCAGCACUUGUCUGUGAGCGGGAGCAGAGGGAUGUGGAGGCUGCUCCUUCCCACGGCUCUGGGCAGAGGAAGCUGCUCCCUGGACAGCCCUUCCUUGGGGUGACUCACUGCCCCUGGCAGGCUUUGGGGUCCCCUGCACUCUGCUGCCCCAAAUUCCACUUCCUUCCCUUGUUGUUGGCUUGUUAAGUGGUGCUGCUUGUGCCCAUGUCCCUGCCUUCCUCCACACUGACACCAGGCUGGGGAGCCCCUGCUCUGCCUCUGUUGGGCUCCUCUAGGAAGAAGUCCUGCUCAUCAGCAGGGAUGAUGCUGAAAUAAGGAAUUGUAGCUUAUUUUCCUGGACUUUUUUUCCUUUGGGGCUGGCAGGGAGAGGACCCUUACCUGGCUCUGCUCUGGGAACAAGGGAUGGCCUGGAGCAGAGGCUGUUCAGUUCCAGCACUGAAGGAUGAGUCCUGAGGGACUCAACACUGUCAGGUCUCUGCACUUUUGUGGAGUUCAUCUCCUGCUCUGCUGGAUUUGGGCUCGGGAAACUGGUGCAAGAUGGUCCCAGGAAGAAAAGGGACAGGGUUGAUCUCCCACCUUGCACCACGAUGCACUUUGCUGUCCUAGCACUAAAUGUUUAUUUAUAUUUAAAAGAAUGCUAUCUAUUAAGUGUAUGUGGGGAAAGUGGAAAUACCUGUUUGUCUGUGAAUGUUAAUUCUGAAUAAACACCUGUGCAAAGGAA